UAUGCUCCUCAAUGUGCAUAUUGUAAACAUAUAUGGAAUAGAAUAAUUAAUUUAAAAAUAUUGAUUCAAAAUGAAAACAAAAAAAAAAUUUAUUUUGGGGAAGUAAAUUGUGAUGAUAAUUCUGGAAGAGAAAUUUGUAAAAAAUAUGAUGUUAUAAAUAUACCACAAUUAAAAAUGUUUAAAGGAAAUGAGUUAUUAUCAACUUAUUCAAAUUAUAUAAAUAAUGAAACUUUUAUAAAAAAGUGGAUAUAUUAUGUUACAACGCCAAUCUUUUAUAAUAUACAUUCAGAAGAAGAAUUAAAUUCUUAUAAGACAGAAGAUAAUAUUUUCUUAAUUUGUUCUGAAAAUUUAAAUGAAGAUUUAAUUAAGGCAGCUAAGUUAUACUAUGAUGGAAAUUAUUUUUUAAAUAUUAAAAAUGAAGAAAUGUGUAAAAAAUUAAAUAUUGAACAAAAUCAUUUAUAUGUUAAAGGUUUAUAUAAACAUGAUACUUAUAACUUAGAUCAAAAGGAUUUUGAAUCAUUAAAAUCUUUCAUAAAUAAAAAUAGAUUUCCUUUAGUAAAUAAAAUUGAUCAUCAUAAUUUUUUUAAUACAAGAAGUAGUGGAAAUAAUUUAAUAUUACUGUUACUUGAUUUAAAAACAAGUUACAAUUCAUAUAUUUCAAAAUUCACUAAAUAUGCAGAAAAAUACAAAAAUUUGAAUCAUUUCAUUUUUGGAUUUAUUGAUGGAUAUUCUUAUGAAGAAAAUUUAGAACUAUAUGGAACUGAUUCAAGAAAAUAUCCUCAAAUUGUUGUAUUUAGCAAAAAUCCACGUGAAUAUUAUUUUGAAAACUACUUUGAUUUAGAUCACAUAAAUAGAAUAAUAGAUGAUAUAUUGAACCAUAAAAUUAAUUCAAAAACUGAAAAAUUUACCAAAACAAAAAUAUUAUUAAUUAGACUAAAAAAACACAUGACUUAUAUUUUAGAAAAAGCAUUUAAAACAGAUUAUAUUUCAUUCUUCGGUUUUUUAUGUUCUAUUAUUUUAAUAGUAUUUACUUUUAUAUUAAUGAUUCAUACUAUUUAUAAAUUUAUUAAUAAAUCAGAAUAUAAUUUAGAAGAAAAAUAUAAAUAG